AUACUUAAACUCAAAGAAAAAUUCUUUCAACAAAAUGGUGGAUUACUGUUAAGACAACAAUUACCUUCACGCGGUGGUGCAACAGACUCAACAAAGAUCUUUACAGAAGCUGAGUUAAAAACAGCAACCAACAAUUUCCAUUCAAGCCAAGUGCUAGGAGAAGGAGGCUACGGUACAGUUUACAAGGGAACGUUAUCAGAUAAUCGUGUUGUUGCAAUUAAGAAGUCGAACAAAAUUGACAAAAGUCAAACUGAGCAAUUCAUAAAUGAGGUUCUUAUUUUAACUCAGAUUAACCAUCGAAACGUAGUGAAACUUUUAGGUUGCUGUUUAGAAACUGAAGUUCCCUUGCUUGUUUAUGAGUUUGUAUCCAAUGGUACCCUUUCCCAACAUAUCCAACGAAAAGGCGCCUUUGAGAAUUCUUCCAUGUCUUGGGAAAGUCGUUUAAGGAUUGCUACCGAAAUUGCAAGUGCAAUAGCAUAUUUACAUUCUGCAGCAUCUACACCGAUCAUUCAUAGAGAUAUCAAGUCUGCCAACAUAUUACUGGAUGACAAUUAUGUUGCUAAAGUUGCAGAUUUUGGAGCAUCAAGACUAAUUCCUUUGGAUCAGACUCGUGUAAACACUGUUGUUCUUGGCACUUUCGGAUAUCUGGAUCCAGAGUACUUCCGUUCAAGCGAACUAACAGAUAAAAGUGAUGUGUUUAGUUUUGGUGUAAUCCUUGUAGAACUGUUAACAGGAGAAAAACCAGUUUGCACCGAAAGGACAGAAGGACAGAGAAGCCUUGCAGAAUAUUUUCUUUCUUUAACCGAGAAAAAUGAAGAGUUCCAGAUCAUUGAUGCUCCAGCGGAUGAGGGGCACUUGCAACAAGUCCUUGUAGUCAUAGAAAUAGCAAAGAAAUGCCUCAAGUGGAAGGGCGAAGAAAGGCCGACAAUGAAGCAAAUUGCAGCAGAUUUACAAGGCUUGGCAAAGUUCAAUUCAGCUGGAUGGGAUUCUCAGCCCUUGAACUUAGAAAAAACUGCAGACUUACCAUCUGAGACGAAGAAACUUCACAGUAAUAUUCCUUCGAAUUUGUUCGACUAUUCCAACCAGUACACUUCAGAGACAAAUGUUGACCUCUCUAUGACCAUUCCUCGGUGAGAUUGCAAACUGGGUCAGUUUUUGUUUUUCUUAGUUGGAAUGAUUUCCCGUGUCCUGCAGUUUCAGCUAGAUAAUUAUGUGGAAGAUUUAGUUUGAUCAAGAGUUGUACAAAAAUACUUGUAAUGCAACUUGUCUUGAUUAAAUUUUACAAAGAGCCAUUUCCGGAAUUAAUGCCACUCCUAUACCCUAAACAUGAACCUUGAUUCGUGAAGGCAGUGGAACCCUUCAAAAAAUCUUCCCUUUUAGAGCCAGAUAUAAUCCCAAUGUCCCCCAAGAAGUAAACUUCUUCUUUUGGACUGCUCACAGUGCCCGGGGAGAUUUCGGACUUUAAUCACUUUUAAAAUUGAGCUAUGGUCCGAUCCAACACGAGUUAAGUGGGCUAUGGUCCGAUCCAACCCUGCUCACAAUGCAAUAAGACAAGAAGAAAGAAAAGUAGAAAACUGAGAAAAAUUGAAGGAAAUUGAGGAACAAAUAAGAGAUGUUCACUAAUCAAGAAACAAUAGGUAAAAAGCAAGGAACAAACAAAUCUGAUAGACUGAUACAUGGGGGGCAAGAAGAAGAGUUGCUGGAGAUGCAAAGAAAACUAGUUGCUAAAGGAAGAAGGCAAACCACAAAAUCAGAAUCAACAUCAAAUUCUGAUUCACUAAUUUAAACAACCCGGCAAGCUUAGCAAUUCCAUCAGACUAAAAAAGUAGAUAUAACUCUAAAAAGUUACCAACUAUACCAGCUAAUCUGGUUGGUUCUUUUGUUCAAAAUCUUAACCAUAUUGGCAGCUACAGUAAUUUUUAUAGAUGAAUUCGCCCAUCUUUUUUGCUUUUGAAAUUUUGGUUCUUUCACCUUAAUCUCCCUCUAGUAUCUCCUGCAAUUGUUUCAAGUAACAAACCAAUUCCACUGGUUAGAGUCAUCAAAAAAUGCAUCACAAAAAAGGUGAAAAGGAGUUUUAGGUGGUUGGUGGAUUUGAGUGUAACAUUAAUAUAUUAGGCCCUGAAAUAUAUGAAGAGGAAGAAGAAAAAACACAACAAUUAGGCAAAAAAAAAGCAAUUACUUUUUUUAAAUGAUAGGAUUCUUAGGAUGAAGAAGACUGUACUUUAAAAUAA